GCCGGAGGAGUGCGCAUGCGCCCCUCCCCGCACACAGCCCAGCGCAGGCGAGGCGAGGCGCCUGGUCCCUUGCAGAUCGCUGGGUGCUCGGCUCGGCGGUGACGUGCUGCUGCGUGUGAACUGGGCGCAAAAUCCGCGCAGCGCAGCGUCGCUCCUGGCCCUGCGGCAGCGGGAGCGAAGGGGCGCAGCGGGGCCCGGCGCUUUCCCCCCCCGGCUGCGGUGCGGCUGCCUUGCGGGGCGGGGGCAGCCGCGGCAGGAGGAGCCCAGCGCGGGCAGCUCCUCGCGGGCGGAAUGUGAGGCUCGCAGCCCGGCUCCUGGCAGCGGCGAGCGGUUCCCCGAGCAGCGCCUCCUUCCCCCGCCGCCCCCGGGCACUGCCCGCGCUUCUCCGGCUCCAUCCCCAGCCCGCCGCGGGCCGGCCGCUCGCCAUGAAGAAGUUCUCUCGCAUGCCCAAGGCCGAGGGGAGCGGCGGCGGCGGGACGACGUGCGCUGGCUCCGGCGGCGCGGGCGGAGCGGCAGCCGCGGGCCGGGUGUUCGUGGUGGGACGGUACCAGGUCACCCUGGAGGAUCUGCUGGCGGAAGGUGGCUUUUCCACUGUGUUCCUGGUGCGUACCCAUGGUGGAGUACGCUGCGCAUUGAAACGAAUGUAUGUUAAUAAUGUGCCUGACCUCAACAUUUGCAAAAGAGAAAUAACAAUUAUGAAAGAACUCUCUGGGCACAAGAAUAUUGUAGGCUAUUUGGAUUGUGCUGUUAAUUCUGUUAGUGACAAUGUGUGGGAGGUGCUCAUCUUAAUGGAAUUUUGUCGAGCGGGGCAAGUCGUGAAUCAGAUGAAUCAGAGACUUCAGACAGGCUUUACUGAGCCAGAAGUACUGAGGAUAUUUUGUGACACCUGUGAAGCUGUUGCCAGGUUGCAUCACUGCAAAACGCCAAUAGUUCACCGGGACCUGAAGGUAGAGAAUAUUUUGUUGAAUGACAAUGGAAACUAUGUCCUUUGUGACUUUGGCAGUGCCACUAACAAAUUCCUUAAUCCUCAGAAAGAUGGUGUUAAUGUAGUUGAAGAAGAAAUUAAAAAGUAUACAACACUGUCAUACAGAGCUCCUGAAAUGAUCAAUCUUUAUGGCGGAAAGCCAGUUACUACCAAGGCAGAUAUCUGGGCACUUGGCUGCUUGCUGUAUAAACUUUGUUUCUUCACACUUCCCUUUGGGGAGAGUCAGGUUGCUAUUUGUGACGGAAACUUUACCAUUCCAGACAAUUCCCGAUAUACCCAUAAUGUACAUUGUUUGAUAAGGUACAUGCUUGAACCAGAUCAAGAACGGAGACCCGAUAUCUUUCAAGUAUCUUAUUUUGCCUUUAAACUUGCCAAAAAGGAAUGUCCAUUGUCCAAUAUUAAUAAUUCUCCUGUCCCUUCAGCUCUUCCUGAACCCAUGACAGCUAGUGAGGCGGCUGCUAGAAAAAGCCAAAUAAAAGCCAGAAUAACGGAUGCUGUUGGACCAACAGAAACCUCAAUUGCACCACGACAAAGACCAAAGGCCAAUUCAAGCACUGCCACUUCUAAUGUGCUAACUAUCCAGAGUUCAGCAACACCAGUAAAAGUAUCGGUUCCUGGUGAAUUCGGAAACUGUGUGCAAAAAGGAACCAUAAGACCAGGAAAUGGACAAGAGAUCUUGUCUCAAGGGACCAAUCAGCACCCUCCACAACAAAAUAGGGUACUGCAGCAACUGCAGCAGGGGGACUGGAGAUUGCAGCAACUGCACCACUUACAUCAGCAGCACCAGCAACAAUUACUUCAGGAUGCUUACAUGCAACAGUAUCAACAAGCAAUGCACCAGCAAAUGGUCCAACAACAACUUAUGAUGCAAUCUAUGUACCAACAGCAACCGUCCCCAUCCCAGUAUCCUGCCAUGGUGCAACAAUACCAGCAAGCUCUCUUACAUCAGCGGAUCCUUGCACAGCAACAUCAACAGCAACCUCAACAUCCACCGUCUCCUGAGUAUCUUACCUCUCCUCAAGAGUUCUCACCAGCCUUAAUUUCCUACUCUGCAUCACUUCCUGCUCAUGUUGGAGCAGUGAUGGAUUCUCCUUAUACGGCCAAUAGCUCAGUCGUUCCUAAUGCAGAGGCCGUUUCCAGUUACCCAAAGCAGAACAUCAGUAACCCACCUGAUAUGUCAGGCUGGAACCCAUUUGGAGAGGACAAUUUCUCCAAGCUAACAGAGGAGGAGCUACUGGACAGAGAAUUUGACCUUCUGAGAUCAAACAGGCUCGUGGAGAGGAGAGCAUCCUCAGAUAAGAAUGUGGAGCCACAUUCUGCUCCACAGAACCAUCCUUCUGAAGAUCCCUUUGGUUCUGUACCUUUCAUUUCUCACCCAGGUUCUCCAGGAAAGGCACUUGACAACUCAGCCAGCAGCCAAGAAAAUAAUUUAGGGAGCCCAAACAAGGCUGAAAAGUCAAGUCAAGCCUCUCGAGAGCACCAUCCAGGAAGAAAAACUGCAGGGGGACAAGUGCAGAAAGGAAGUGAUGAGUCAGAGAGUGACUUUGAAUCUGAUCCUCCUUCUCCCAAGAGCAGUGAGGAAGAUGAAGAGCAGGAGGAUGAAGAUGUCUUACAGGGGGAGCAUGGAGACUUUAAUGAUGACGAUACAGAACCUGAGAACUUUGGCCAUCGGCCUCUCCUUAUGGACUCUGAAGAUGAGGCGGAGGAAGAGGAGGAAGAAAAGCAGAGUUCUGAUUCCGAUUCCGAUCGCACCAAGGGAAAGCCCAUGGAAGGGAUCCCUUGUGGUAGAUACAGAGAGGUGGGUGGCAGUCGUGAAGACAGAGAACCCAAUGUAGCACUCUCUUCCUUGUCUGAGUUACCCAGUACUGUGGCCAAGGUGAGCCCUGGCCAAGAAUUUGAUGUGUUUGGAGCUGUCCCCUUCUUCGCUUUUCAGACUCAGCAACCUCAGCCAAGAGAAAAGAGUGACACGGAUUUCUCUCCUCAGCCUGCUUUUCUUGGCCUGAGGCAAGAGCAGGAUGACUUUGAUGUCUUCACCAAAGCCCCAUUCAACAAGAAGGUGGCCCAGCCAGAUGGCCCGGAUGUAGGAGCUGAGACCCAAACCUCUCCUACUUCUCCCCGAAGUGUGGAUAUUUUUGGCUGCACCCCUUUCCAGCCUCUUCCCACCCCAAAGAGCAGUGAAAGCAGAGAGGACCUCUUUGGGCUUGUCCCCUUUGAGGAGAUUACAGGGAGCCAGCAGCAACAGAAGGUGAAGCAGCAGCGGAACCUGCAGAAACUCUCCUCCCGGCAAAGACGCAUGAAACAGGAGGUGCCCAAAAGCAAUGGGAAGCGCCACCAUGGCACCCCGACCAGCACCAAGAAGGCUUUGAAACCCAGCUACCGCACCCCAGAGAGAGCCCGCAGGCACAAAAAAACGGGCCGCAGGGACUCCCAAAGCAGCAACGAAUUCCUAACUAUCUCAGACUCCAAGGAAAACAUAAGCGUUGCAUUGACUGACAGCAAAGAUCGAGGCAACCCUUUGCAAGCGGAUGAGAAUCUGCUGGACCCCUUUGGAGCCAAACCUUUCCACCCACCAGACUUGAUGCGGAACCCACAACAUCAAGGACUGGGUGACAACCGGGGGGACCAUAAUAUAGUAGUGCCUGGUAGACCUAGACAGAGCUCCCUGCACGGGGCUGUUCACAGUGGUGAUGGGCUAAAAACAGAUGAUUUUGGUGCGGUGCCCUUCACAGAACUGGUUGUGCAGAGUGUAACACCACAGCAGGCCCCGCAGCAACAGGCAUUAGAGUUAGAUCCAUUUGGGGCAGCUCCAUUUCCUUCCAAACAGUAAAUGCUUCCACCAGACUAUUUCUCAUUCUCUGCACUAUUUAACUUUGUUUUUAAAUAGUGGAAUAAUCCAUCUGGUUGAAUUGACAGGAAACUGAUUUUUCGUACAGUUUAUUCAGCCUCGGUACUGCAUGCCCAGCGCGCCUCAAAAUUUUUAAAUCGUGUUUUUGUAUUGUACAAAACACCCAGAAAAAGGAGGACAGCACGUUUCCAGAGCAGAAGAGGAAUCAGAUGUGAGCUAUUGUUUCAGCCACUGACUUUGGAGCCAUGAAAUAUACUGUUCUGCACUUUUGCAUGGCCUUUCCGCUCAUAGGCAAGGGGGAAAACCAUGGAAGAAGGUCUGCCAUGAUGCAUCCAGUUAGUCUGAUGGAAUGGAAUCCUUCUAUGAUACAAACCUUUGACUCUCUCUGAGACCUGAGAUAAUACGUAUGUGCUGGUAUCCAUGAUCUGCUGGAAAUUCUUCAGUCUCCACCGUCUAAAUGAAAGCUCUUUUCUAAUCCUAACAAAGAAACCUACUCAAAGGAUUGUGUGUGUCAAGAUUUCAGAGCAUGGUGGUGGCUUGAGAACUGAUGCACAAGUAGAGGUGGAAGGCAAUUUUUGUGUGCCUGAACAUUAAUUUUUUUACAGUAAGUGCCAUUAAUGUAAAAUAGCAAAAUGAAAAUCUAGAGUGAAAACUAAAGAUAUAGGGAAUAUAUUGGUUUGCUAGAUAAAAUCCUGGGUAACAAAGUAGCAGGGAUACAGCCAGCAUUUGCAGCACUUUGAAGACUACACCAUACACUUGACAAGAGGGGCUGAUUUACCUGGAUGCCAUGUCUAGCACAGCGGGAGUAUAUCAGAUCAUCAGUAAAAUUGGCAGCAAGUGCAAACACAGAAAGAUUACAAAUCAGUUUUAUUCAAUUAUCCAUUAGGGUUUGCAUCUGAAAAUACCACUUUUUUUCCUCUUGGAUUUUUAUUCCAAACAAAAUCUGUGUAUACCUUAGAAACUGUUUUUAAACAGCUAUGAAAUUGUCACAUAAUGUUCUUUUAAGGUCUGACAAAUCUAUUAUUGUACUUAGUCUGUUUUAUAAGAGUUUCUGCUAAAUGCACUGAGCUAUGAAGAAGCUAUACCGUGAAACCACAGAGUUUCAGAAGAGAAGCAGUAAGCAGCAGAUAGCUUGUAGAUGCUGAUUACUAUUCUGUCAGUAAACGGCAUUUCACACCACAAGGCCUUACAGACAGGACCCACUUCCUGCUACAAAGUACCUCUAAGCCAACAGGUGCACGUGAGUGCUAAAAACGUAUAGUACACAGUAUGUCAUGAUGGGCUGGUGAUGCUAAUCCACUUGGUGAAUACAUGAUUUAGUUGUUAUAAAAGUAUAUGCUACCUGUAUAUGGGCCUGAUUCUCCACCAUCUUGUACCUUGUGUCUGGUCACUACACGUGUUGCAAAGUGAACAGAAACCAGAGUGGUGGUAUUUGACACCCAUUUCACAUUCAUUUUUCACAGGUGUAAAUGACUAGACACAAGAUGGAAGGAAUCUGGUCGUCUUUGUUUAUUUCAACAUGGUAUAUCUUGCUCUGAAUAUUGACAUUUUGCACAAAAAGCCAAAUUUUAAAUUAUUUGAGACAAAUCAAUGGAUGGAUGAAUGAAUUGUAUAUACAGACGCACUGAGUGUUCUCUUCCUACCCACCUGCCCCACCACCCCAACACACACACACACACUGUGGAUUAGCUAAACAUCUAGAUUAACACUUUUCUUCUGAAAGUCUUAAGAAAAAUACAGUUAGGUGUAGACUCCUCCAUAGAUUUUCCAGAGGAGUCUGGCUCUUUUCAAGCACAAAAAGAAAAAGGAGACUUCUUAAAUUGCUGCUCUCCUUUGAUGGCUUUAUUCAAUUUUCUUUGACUGCUUUUUUGGAUUGACUAGAAACCAUCUGUAGCUAAAGUAUUCAUGUCUCUGGUCCUAGACAUGAGAAAUAAGAUACAUACAUGGGUCUUUAUCUCUUUCUCUUCCUCUCUUUUUCCUUUAUUCUGACAAAACAGAUGAAAUUCAAAUACAAAGCCUUGCUGAGUUAGGGAUGUCCUUCUCGUGCUAAAAUGUUUAGCUUUGAGAAGGACAGUUAAAAAUGGGUAACCUCUAUCUGCAUCUGAAUAUUCCAGUUCUUUUAGGCUCUGUCCCUAUUAUUCUUUCCUUACUCUUGUGCCAAGAAUCAGAUGUCGAGCUUGCAUUUUUUUCUGGCUCUCAGGUUAUCACUGAUUUACAAAAAACCCACCAAACUGCUUUUACGUAGCUCUUUAUUGAAAUUUUACACACCUACCUAAUUUAGUUGUUGGAAGAUGUUAAUUGCAAAAGUGAACAGAUGAUCAGAUUACUCAUGGGGGGGAAAUCCUGUAAUGUGGACUGGGAGAUUAUAGUAAAUCAUGUCUAGAACACUAUGGUCAUUGCUUUCAUUUGUGUAGAAUAAUCUUAACUACCUGCCAAACAUUUGUCUGAAAUUGGAAAAUUCAUUUUUUAGUCUUAGAUACAUCUCACACACAGGAAUUAUACCUCUGAAUUUAACAGUCUGCACAAAGGGAUUCUUGACUCUGGCUCUUUUAAGUAAAAGGGAGUUUGCCUUUGACUUCAAUGGGGGGAACAUUGGGCCCCCAAAUAGGUUAUGUACUAAGAUAACUCCUGUCUUAGAAUAUCAGUUAAAAUGAGCGUAGAAGGCAGAUUACUGUCAUCCCAAUUAGAUUUCUUUUCUAAGACUUUUAUCCUUAAACAUGUUUAAGUUGGAGAAUACUUUAAAUGUUUUCUUCUUUCUUUUUCUUCUCACAGCAGAAGGAAGGUAUAGGUUAGAUGAAAUGAGACUCAGUAAUGAAUAACCAAGGGAGACAAAAAUACUGUAAAACCAAGUAAUUCCAAAAUUGGCACAUUUCUCUGACCUUUCAUUAUUAUGGUCUUUCCUUCCUAAUGGCCUUAAUAUACCUUGAUUUAUGUACUCUAUUUAUAUAGCAGAUCUUUUUCAGAAAUGACUUAUUUUUAAUAUUUUUCUGUAGUUACAAUGAUUUUUUGGUGGCGGUGGUGAAGAGAGACCAUUUUAGCCUGCCUUACAAACCUGGCUUUGCCUGGUUGGCUGUGCAGUAGACUUGGCCUGUGAAGAUAUUGACCUUGAGUUUAAUUUCCAUUAAGAUCUAGUAAUGGAAACAAAUUAACUGGUGUCACUGGGGGAAAUAAUAUACUUUUGCCUGUACUCUGUGUGUGUGUGUGUGUAUGCAUUUAUGUAUUUUAAAAAAGAUGAUUAUUAUAUCACGACCAUACCUGAAAUACUGGAAAAAACAUACUAUGAUAAAUUUGUACCACCAUGCCGUAUAAGACAAUGAUAGCCAGGUAGGGAAUUAUCACUUUUUUUUUUGGUUACCCAGCAGGAAGUAUGUUAGGGUUUGAUCCUUCCCUCUAGAAUAUAAAAGGCAGCACGGGAGAUCUUCACAAAUCAACUACUUUCAAACUGCAGUCGGUCCAAGCACUUAGAAACGUAGUGCCAUGAUAGCAGUCCACACAGUCCAUCAGUGCACAGCACGCUAGCAUGAUGUAGAUUCACACCCCAGUUUGCAAUGCACUAGCUCUUUGUCUUAACAAGCGUUGAGUGGGUUUUCUAAGAUUGCACAUCUUGUCAGAAGGUACUAAUAAGCCCUUCAUGGCUAAGGGCAAGAGUCAUUGAAAAUAAGUCUAGCUUCUCUGCAAACCCCAAAGCAUCAGAUUUGGGAGAUCUGCAUUGCUUUUUACUGGUUUGCACAAUACCAGAGCUGGACCUAGUUUAGUGUGUCCCAUACUUAUGGAAAUAUCUUUUCAUUGUUAACAGGUUCCAGUUAGUAAGAUGAGAUACCCACUGUGAAAAUAAAUGGAUAUAUUUACUACUGUGAGAAUAACAAAUAGAGUUUAUCUGGAGAUUUUUAUACUAUACGGUGUAUUUUUAUAUAUAUAUAAAUAUACACAUGCACUCACACAUUACAUAUCUCUUGGAGUUAAUGUGACUUUUUUUUUUAAAUAUCAUUGCAGCCACAAUCAUUUUCAUGUGACUGGAAAAGAGAAUAUGAGCAAAAGCCACUAAAAAUGCCAGGGAGACAUGAGAAAAAUGCCAGGGGGCUGAUACCAGGUUAUUUUUCUACAGUACUACUUUGACAAGGAAAAUCAAAUAAUUGUGUGUAUACUAAGUUUGUUUGUGUGACCAGGGCAUCCUCUAAUAGUAAACAGCAUACACGCUAUUUUUAAAUUGCUGGCCUACAGCUUUAAGUGCACUUUUCUGAAUUACACUUCCAUUUCUUGUUAGACUUGAAGUUUCUAAAGCUUUUUUUGUGUACCACUAAACAGAGAACUUUCAUUUUUCUGUGAACUUGAUGUACAUCAUAAAAUACUUGCGAUUGUUAUUAAAAAAAAAUAAUCAAAUGUGAUAGUGAUUUUGCAGACCUUCCUAAACAACUAAUUGUGCAGUAUCAUAUUCCUGAUGAGCUGCCGUUAACGCUCAUCACUAAUUGAGUUUUAUAGCAUUUGACCUUUUCACUGCUACAGACUUGAUUUUGGUCCCUAGUUCGUUCUGUUUGAAAUAUUUUUUUCUAUUGUUUAUCAUAUCAGCUGCCUAAUAAUCUGCUUUCUCUUAAAGCAAUAAAUCCCAGUGGAUUAAA